CAAAAAUGGAAUUAUUAUUUUUAAUUAAAUUUGGUUACAUCGUAGUAGUUUCAUCUUUUAUUUUAAUGAUAUGGAUAUCUUAUAUCGAAGGAAUGGAAAUCAACGGUGCCACUUAUCCACCUUGUUAUUUUAACCCGUUGUGUAGCUGCUCAAAAUCGAUUCCAGAUUUGGGAAUUGUUCAUUGCAAAAAUGUUCAUAUGCCUCGAAUCCCGCAAGCUGUUAAUAAAUCUAAAGUUUUUAUGUUAAAUUUAGAAAAUAACGGAUUAAGGCAUAUCGAGCCUUAUUUUUUACAAGCAACAGGUUUAUACAAAUUAUCGAUUCGCGAAAAUCCUCUUUAUAUAAUAACGGAUGAGGCGUUCUUAGGUUUAGAAAGAUCGUUGUGGGAAUUGGAUUUAAGUUACGACGAAUUAACAACAGUACCGAAUAAAGCGAUUCGUUACCUACAAAAACUGCGUCAUCUCGAUUUAACAGGAAACGAAAUUAUUGAAAUCGUUGCAGAUGAUUGGAGAGGACUUGAACACUCCUUGGAAGUUUUAAUAUUAGCAGAUAAUGAUAUAAAUUAUCUUCCAGCGGAUGCCUUUUCUGGAUUGCCACUUUUAGACACAAUCGAUUUAACCGGAAAUAAUUUAAGAGAAAUUGACGCGAACGUUUUUCGAGAUGGGAUGGGGAAGUUAUCGAAAGUGUUAUUGGGCGAUAAUCAAUUAACAUCGAUUCCUUAUCAAGCGGUGCAAACGUUAAAACAUUUAAAGUAUUUAGAUUUAAGUUUUAAUCGAAUAAAUAAGAUGCAACCGCCAAUCGAUCCGCUUUCAUCUUUAACAACACAAACGUUUAAUUAUAAUUUAAAUUUAGACGUUUUGGAUUUAGAUUAUAACCAAAUCCCGGUUAUUGAAAGUAACGGGUUUCAAUAUUUUGAAGUGGUCAAUAAAACUUACUUAGAUGGAAAUCCGAUUGAUAAUUUAGAAGAAAACGCGUUUUUAAAAGCAAAAAUUCGUGAAUUAUACAUAAGAGGAUGCGGAUUAGAUGUAAUUUCGCCUUUAGCAUUUUCCGGCUUAGAAAAUUCUUUGCAAAUUUUAGAUUUAUCCGGGAAUAACAUCACCGAAUUUGAUGGUAAUCAAUUUCAAAAGUUCGUUUCGAUUAAAUCAUUAAUUUUGAGAGAUAAUCUAAUCAAUGAGAUUAAAAUAGAAGAAUUUGACGGGCAAGAAGAUUCAUUAUUAGAAUUCGAUUUUAGCGGUUCAUCAAACGGAAAAAUUUCAAUCUCAAAUUUAAGCAAUUUCAAAAGACUUCGUAGCGCAUCGUUAACGAACACGAAAGAAAAAGAUUUAACAAGCGAAUUAUUCAAGAAUUUCGGCAGAGAUGUUUUCGAAUUAAACAUCAAUUUAGCCGAUUUAAAAUCGAUCAAAAAUAACGCUUUCCAACAUUUACGCGGAUUGAGGAAAUUAGAUUUAUCCGAAAAUGCGAUUACAACAAUCGAGCAGAAUGGUUUUGAAGAUGUUUCUUAUUCAUUAAUUUACGUAAAUUUCGCUCACGGUUUUUCGAAAUCAUUAAGUGAAAUUCCGAAAGCUUUUAAAAUAUUAAUUAACAUCGAAGAUUUAAAUUUGAGUAAUAAUAAAUUAAAAAUAAUCCCAGAAACGGCUUUUUAUUCAAUGAAGAAACUAAAAAGGCUUGAAUUGCAAGAUAAUGUUAUUGAAAACGUUUUAAAGGGAACGUUUCAAGGCGAUAUUCACACUAAUUUAGAAAUCAUUUAUUUAUCGUUUAAUUCGAUUAAAACGAUUCAACAACAUAGUUUUGUUGAAUUAGGCGAAUUAAAAGAAUUACAUUUGGAUGAUAAUAAAAUUGAUAAUAUUGAAAGAAGAGCUUUUAUGAAUUUGAAAAAUUUAGCUUUAUUAAGUUUAAAAGGAAAUAAGAUUUCAACAAUUAGUUACGAAGCUUUCCAAAAUUUACCAGAAUUAGAAGAUUUAGAUUUAUCUUAUAACUCAAUUAAACGCUUUGAAUUUUCAAUGUUUGAUCAAGUCGGAACUUUAUCGAUGUUUAAAGUCAACGCAAGCCAUAAUUUCAUCGAGGAAUUAAAUUUUAAUAUGAGCUUUUCGUUUAGUUACGAAAGUGCUUGUGCUUAUUGUUCAGGUUCUUUGGGGUUCCACUCCAACAUCAAAAUUUUGGAUUUAUCUUUUAAUAACAUCACGACCAUCUCUAAACAAUAUUUUCAACCGGUUGUGUUGUCUUUAACGCAUUUAUACUUGGGACAUAAUUAUAUUAAUGUGGCUAAAAAGGAAAUUUUUGGUAAUAUGCCACAUUUGGAAUUGUUAAAUUUGAGUCAUAAUAAUUUAUCGGAGAUUGAUUUUGAUACUUUUCAAAACACUAAGAAAAUUCAGGUGUUAUCAGUUUCUUAUAACAACUUAAUCGAAAUAUCAAACGAUUUAUUUAAAUCAAUGGAGAAUUUGCGCCUGGUCGAUUUCUCACAUAAUAAAUUAAAAGGCGUUCCGGAUAAUUUAUUCAAAGAAUCCGGUUUAGAACGACUGGAUUUUUCACAUAAUUUGUUAAACAGGCUCCAUUUAUCGAGUAUGAACGUUUUGGCAGCUUCGACACUUUGCGAACUUGAUUUAUCAUACAACAACAUCGCUUCCGUUUCACACGCAGAAAUUUUUACGAAAUUUAAGACUCUAAACUUUUUAGAUUUAUCUCAUAAUCGUCUCGUUCAAAUCGACGAUGCCGUUUUUAGUACACUCCCAAAAUUAUCAACACUCGAUUUAAGUCAUAACACACAAAUUGUCUUGGAAACUGGAAGAACUUUUGAAGGAAUCGAGGAUACGUUGCUCCAUUUAAAUUUAAACAAUGUUUCGUUAACUUCAGUUCCUGAUUUGUCUUUGCCCAAUUUGCUUUCGUUGUCUUUAGGUAAAAAUAUGUUACCUGUAAUUCCCCCGGAAAUGGCUUCAAAUUUAUCGUCGCUGCUUAAUUUGGAUUUAAACGGGAAUGAUCUAACUUCAAUUCCAGUUGUGACACAUUCUUUACCGGAGUUACGAGAAUUGUCUUUAGCCUCAAAUCCGAUUACAACUUUAACUAAUAAUAGUUUAUUGGGCGUGGCGGAUCAAUUGCAGCAUUUGGAUAUAACGGGAUUUGAAUUGAAUUCGUUAGAAACGGGGGUUUUAAAUAAAUUGUUUGCGUUAAGGACGUUAAAGAUUGGAGUUUAUGAUUCGAUUAAAAAUUAUAACAUUCCUAGAUUAUUACAAUCGAGUAAUGGAUUAAAGAAGUUGGAGAUUUUCGUUGAAAAAGAAGUCAACAAUUUCGUGGGGAUGAUCAAAGGGAUUUAUCCGGAAAAAUUAAAGAGUAUCACAUUGAUUGGAUUAGGUGUUACCAGCAUUGAUGAUGAUAUAUUAGACGGAGUCAAAAAUCCUCAAGUUCAUUUUGGGCUCAAAAACACCAGCGUCGAUCAUAUUCCCGAAGACACGUUCAAUUUCAUCCCCAUAAUUCGCAACAUAUCUUUAACUUUAAAAGAUAAUUUAAAAUUAAAAAGCGUUCCUUCGCCAUUUUCAACGGACAGACCUGGGGAUUCAAAUAAACCAUUUUUAAUCGAUUUGGACCUUUCAGGAUCGUAUAUUUGCGACUGCUCUUUGGGUUGGAUCGAAACGUGGGAUCGAAAACGUCGUCAAUAUCUCUGCGAAAGUAACAAUAACGAAAAAGAUCCAUCUUGUAUGCAUGUUCAUGACAAUAUAAGGAGUUCUUUGUGUACGAAUAAGAAGAAUUCCAGUUUGAUAGAAGUGUUGAAAACGGAACUUGAAUGUGGUUGGAGUAAAUCGAACACUGCUCAAGCUGUAUUUAUAUAUCUUGCUGUAUCGAUUGUUAUUACACAAAUUAUUUAAUAUGAAAAAAUAAGAAGUUGUUAGGUACAAUACAAUAAUUUAUUAAUUUUUUUAAGGUCAUUUCUUGUUAUAUUUGGUUAACACAUAUCGCUUACAUACCUCCCUGAGCAAGCUAACAGACACACUUAUGUACAUAUUUUACAAAAUUAAAGCUUAUUUAAUCUAAUCAUUACAUUCGGAACUAGAAAUAAGUAAGAAAAACGAAGUCAAAUAAAAAUAAGUCGAAAAAAAUUGUAAUUUAACAUUAAAAUGUUAUUAUAUAUGUAACAACAGCUUUAUAUAACAUAAUUCCUUCUA